AUGGCAACUGUACCAGUCAAGGACAACGGCGGCGGACGUUAUGGUAUUCGUCUAAGUGAGAGCAAUGCUCUAAAGGUUCCAUCGGAUGAACCCGAGGGUUACGUUACUAUUCCACCAAUUCAGUACUGCUUAAAAAUGCGCACAUUCCUGGUAUUACUAGUUUUACUGCCAUCGGUAUUGUCGAAGCAAAAGGUUGAGAGAAAGGAUUUCAUGGUCAAAAAAGGAAAUACGGAAGUCUUUGAUGAAACAGUGAAGACGAAUCCGCGAUCUUUCGAUUAUGAUUUCACCGACGAUCUGAGACACGAAGCUAAUAAGAACGACGCAUACGACGAACAUGUUGGAUUUCUACCAGCUUUCGACGUUUUUAAACGUGGCGAGAAUCAAGGUGUUACUGGAGUGCCAGUCGUCACGAGGGGUGUUCAUACAUGGUCGACACCGGCACCCAUUCAGGAUUCAUUCCCUUACCUGACAAGGAGCACACCAUUUGCAAGACGGGUUACACCGACACCAUCUGCCGAAAGUGACUUUAGCAUUGAUAGACAACCAGUUAUGCUACAAGCUGACGAGGUGAAAAGAUUGAGGGAACUACUGAUUGGAGCCCCAGGAGCAGCGGAUGUGAUGAUGAAAUCCAGCAAAUUCAAUACCAACACCCCAAUCAUUAUUAACCAUCAGUCAAGAGCUGAAGUUAAGGAAGUAAAGAAGUUGAAUGAGCCUGCGGCUAAGAUGCCGACACCUGGAGAGCUCGUGAUCAAAGUUACCGCUCCAACUACUUCUGAAGCUCCAACAACGGCGUCCCCUACUUCUGAAACCGCAAAGUUCACCGUACUACCGAAAAAGAAAUUGACGCCGACUGGGUUCCCGAAAUUUGUCUCCACCACUGCUAAAACCACGACUGCAGUUCCGCUACCAUCGUCCUCUAAAAUUACAAAGAAACCCACACCACUGAAGAAGAAACUGACAACGGCCUCUUCACCAACAGAAGGAGCAACUUCAACAGCAGCUGCAUCAGUUGCUACCACGGAGAAAACAUCACCCACAACAGUAACGUCGACUACGCAGAUAACCACAACAGAAGCAACACAGCGACCAACGGUGCGUCGAAGUCGAAUUGGCCGAAUCCUUCCACAACACCUACCUAUACAACCAGAACCCGUUUUCAAGUUCGCCACAGUCAUGGGAGUACGAAAGCAGAGAAUCGGUACAACGGUUUCACCACGACCAGGAGGAAUUUGGCGACGUGGAGGAGUUAUUCUUGAAGAUACCACAACAACGACUAUGACGUCUACCACUAAUAAACCUACCAUUGCUUACCUCAAAGAUGGUCAAUCAGCUGUUCACCACAUCGAUGAAAAGAGAGUUAAAGCGGAAACGAAGCGUUCAUCACUCAAACCAACCCAUUUCAUCGUUGAAAGGCCAUCGUCAACUCCUUCUCUGAGCAUCAGCGCAUCAACGCCGAGUCCUCCCAAGGGUAGCACGGUAGCACCAAAGCCUGUCAUUAUUCAGCAAGGAACGGAAAAAUACAGAGGACCAACAUUCAAUUGCCGAAUUUUGAAUCCAUUCCAAGAUGGCGCUCCAUCGGUGAAUCACGAUCCGACAUGUACGAUGUCAUCUCCUGGAGUUUCAAAGGAUGGCUCAUGCCGAUGCUUUUUCACGUUCACUUUCGAUUUCAGUAGGAUUUCUAAAGAGUUCUAUGAAAGUAGGCAUUCCUUAAUGGACAAGGAAUGCGUCACCUAA